AUGUAUCGUCAGAUUUUAAUUUAUCCCGAUGAUCGAAAAUACCAAAGGAUUCUCUGGUAUCAUAAAGGAGAGGUCAAGACCUUCCAACUCAAUAUAGUUACUUUUGGGGUAGCUGCAGCUCCAGUCCUUGCAAUUCGCACCAUUCAACAACUUGCUCGUGACGAGGCCAAAGAUUUUCCAAGAGUUAGUAAAUUACUCUUUCGUGACUUUUAUGUCGACGACUUUAUUUCUGGUUCAAAUACUCUUGAAGAACUUUUGGCAAUUCGUGAUGAAAUGAUAGCUUUGUUGCGCCGAUGUAGUUUCAUCAAUCGAAAAUGGGCUUCAAAUCAUUUAUCUGCUUUGAAUACCAUUGACAAGAAGGUGUUCGAUCUUGACUGUGUUAUCAGAGAAGAUCCCGUUCAGAAAACUUUGGGUGUCGUGUGGGAUUCUCAAAGGGACAUCCUGCAAUAUUCUGUGAGUUGUAUCGAUCUUCAAGCUACUUUAACCAAAAGACAGCUUUUAUCUAAAAUCUCAAAGAUAUUUGACCCUUUAGGUCUAUUAGGACCGGUCGUAUUGUUUGCCAAAACCUUGAUUCAGGAUUGCUGGAAGGCCAAGGUUGGCUGGGACGAAUCGCUUCCUCAAGAUAUCCAUACCAAAUGGAAAUCCUUUGUUCUUCAAUCAUCACUUCUGAAACAGGUCUCGUUUCCUCGUCAAUUUUUAAUUCCAAAUCCAACUAGGAUUGAACUUUAUGGCUUCUGUGAUGCCUGCAACUACGGUUAUGGUACAUGCUUGUUCUUGAAAUCUGUAGACUCCUCAAACAACGUGAUAAGUCGCUUGGUUUGUAGUAAAUCUCGAGUUGCUCCCUUGAGCGGCGUAACAAUCCCUCGAUUGGAAUUGUGCGCUGCUUCCGUUCUUAAAAAACUUUACGUCGAUACUAAAUCUCAAUUCGAUUUCCCAAUUGAUCAAACAAUUUUUUUGUCUGAUUCCACUAUUGUUCUCGCGUGGUUGAAAAAGGCUCCUCAUCUCCUCAGAGUUUUCGAAUCCAACAAAGUUGCUGAUAUUCAAACGUUAGGUGAACAAGUUUCUUGGAGACACGUCCGUUCAGAGGACUACCCUGCAGACGCCCUUUCUAGAGGACAACUACCAGCUGACUUUCUAGAUAACUCACUUUGGACUUUAGGACCAUCUUGGCUUUCCCUGCCUUCACAAGAAUGGCCCAAAUCCGUUGAAACUUCUCCUAAAGAGCUUCCUGGUCUUAAGAAAGGAGUGUGUCUGUUGACAACGCCAAGUUCAUCAUUCAGCGAAAUCUAUUCACGUUUCUCCGUCUACGGUCGAUUGACUAGAGUAAUGGCAUAUGUUUUUCGAUGGAGACAAAGGUCUCGUGAUCGAGGUAAGACAACUCAAUUGUUUCCCGACGUCGAAGAAUCUUCAAUCAGGAUGAAGAAAAUUCUUCAGUUAGUUCGUCCCCUUCUUCCUUCGGAAGUCAUGGCUUCCGAAAUUAGCAUCGUUAAGUCGAUGCAACAAGAAAGGUUUCCCAAUGAGCUUCGAAAAUUGUCUCAAACUUGUAAUUCCCUCAAACGGGGAACUAGUUUCGAGAACUUGGCUCCCCUAGGAGACGAUAAGGUUAUCCGUGUAUGGACGUUUAAACAAGUCUCAGCUUCCAUACAAUCAAAGGCAUCCGAUUCUUUUGCCUCAGAACCAUCAUAG